AUGUCAAUGGAAAAAGUAGGAGUUCGAAUCUCGGCAAGAAUUCACCAACACAAACAACCUACUGAUACCACAAUUAAAGUUAAACCAUAUGUUAUGGGCCCAGAAAAAGCAAUGAAUAAGAAAGAAGAUUCUUGCGAUAGAAAUAUGGUAACUUUUGCCAUGAAGUCUAACAAUAACUUCAGAGCUGAACUUAGUACUGCUGCAUAUGAAAUACUGAAAGUCCAACUAUUUGAUAAACUUGACACAAUGUCAUGCUCAGACUUUCCGUCACUAGGCUUCUCUGUUCAAAACAAUGUAGACCAAGUUAACACUAUAGUAUUCCAGACAAUCAAAGUCACCCUAACAAAGGGAAGUAGUAAUUCGACAAAUAAACAACUUAAAUUUACGGUCAAUCUUUAUAACUCUACAUCAUCAAUAGUGGCCAAUGGCAAUGGAGUACGAUAUUUUGUAGACAACUUUUUUACUCCAAUUCUUGAAUAUUUACAUCAACACUCAGAUAAUAUUGAUAUCAUCAACAAUAGUGUUAAAGGUAUGAUUGUUAACUCAAAGAUAGAAACUAUUUCUGAGAAUCACCUCAAUAAAAGUUCUGAGAGACAGACUCUUGCCAUAACAGAUAGUCUUAGUACAAAUACGUCGGCCUCAGUUAAUAUGGCACACAUAGAUACAACAUCUCGAUGUCCAAUUUGCUCUGAUGUUGCAAAUGAUGACACAAUUAACUGUGACACUUGUCUUGAAUGGUUUCAUUACUCAUGUGUUCAACUAAACAAAUCUAAGGUGGACAAAAUACCAUCAAUAGCACCAUUCACAUGCCCGUUAUGUUGUAAUGACCUUUUACAUACAAACACUACUAGUACAAUUGAGACUUUGUGUAUACCAACAGAUGAACCGAUACCUUCUAUACCGUCUUCAGCUAACAUAAACUUACCUUCAAGUGGCGUUAUAUCAAACAUAUCUACAUCUUCAUCUUCUAGUGUUCUUAAGUCAUCUAUAUCAGUUGCUAACUCUGUGCCAUAUGUUAUUCCAACAACAACUAGUUCAAAUUUUAGUACUGCAUGUCUGACUUCUACUCUUCAUCAAAUACAAUCAACUUCCAGUUGUAAUACAACAAAUACAACCUCAGUAUCAUCAGGUGCAAUAUCAUCUAUCAUAUCACCAAUUAAAAGCAAGAAGAAAGCUCCAAAUAAAUUAAUGUUAGAGAAUGAUAAUCUUAGAUCUUUUAUCAUAGAACUUGAGCAGAAAAUUAAUGAUCAAGAGAGAACUAUAAAUUUGCUAAAAUCUGCAAAACCCAGUAAUGAGUAUACAAGUACACAAACUUUUACGAACAAUCAAAACAACAUGAAUGGACUUCCCAAUUCUGGGUACAAGGAAAACAUGGACAAUAUAGAAAAGAAGCUUGCUACUCUCAUGGACUACCAACACAUGCUUGCCUUCUCAAAUCUGAACUCUAGAAUCGAUAAUCUUCAGAACACUAUGAUGAAAAAUCCACAUACUCCAUUCUCAACAGUUCAAAAUCCGUAUGCUCCAUCUUUUCCAAUUCAAACUCAUUUUCAGCAUAAUGUACAUCCUCAUUCAUACUUUCAUCAUGGAAACAGCUUUACCGCUCCUUUUAGACAGGUUCCAAAUAUGCAUAUUCCGGUAAACCCGAUUUAUCAACAUGAAAUUAAUCUCGCUCAUCCAGGACACAAUUCGUUUACUCCGUCUCAUCCGUUUCACAAUGCUCAUGUCUCGUCAAACAUCACUCAGUCUGCUCAAUCUAUAAAUCAAGUACAUACCGACUCAAGUCAAUCUCUUCAUCAAAGAAAUUCGCAUCAUUUAACUAAACCACCCACUGGUCAUUAUUCUAAUCGUAACCUUAGUAAUGCUCAGGCCAACUCUAACACUCGUAGAGGCCCAUCACACACAAAGAGAACACAUCCUCCAUCAUACGGUGAAUCAGUUUCAAGAAUAUAUAGUCAAAACAAAAGAGAUGACUCUCCAUCUUCAUCAUCUAAAUUAAUUCAAGCGAAUAACAAACCUAACAUCAACAAUCAUAGUGAAGUUAACAAUACCUUAUUACAAUCUAGUGAAACCAAAGUCAUUGAAAACAUAGUGGUACCAUCUAAUGAAACCAAAUUCAUUGAUAGUCAAUGUUCAGAUCCUUUUCUAGACAAAGGAAUGACAGAACCGGACAUUCGGGAGAUGUAA